AAAGGCGCAGCCAACCCCUCCAGGGCCGAACCGAAUCAAUUCCUCGGUUCCGGCCCCCACUUGCAGUAUGGAGACGCCCGGGGGCCGGCCUGGGCCUGAGGCGGAACCGCUGGCCCUAGGAGAACACCAGGCCGCGAUCUUCCGCGGCCGGCCGGGCGAGACGCCCUGGGAGCCACACUCGGGCCUCCGGGUGUCGGAGGAGGAAAAGGCCGAGAACGUUGGGGGCGCGAGCCGCCACCCCGGUCCGUCCCCGAAGACUUCGAGCUGCAGCGUCGUCCACCGGCCGGAACGGGAGGCUCGGGAGGACGAGCCCGGACACCGAGGGGCGCCGUCUGGACUCGGGAACCGCCAUGGGGCGCCGAAUCUGGAGCACGACCCGCCCCCACCCUCCCGGCGCCAGGACCCUGAGCCUCCCGAGGAAGAACCUGCGACCGAGGGAGUCUGCCGUCGGGGGAGCCCGGGAGGCGGCGGGGUGACUGCUGAAAGGCAGCAGGAGGAGGAGGACAAGGAAGAGGAGGCGGCGGCGGCCGGCAGGGCCGGCCGCUCCUUCUCCAGCCGCCUUCAGGACAGCCGCAGCCUGGACGGGCUGAGCCGAGCGUGCGGCGGCGCGGGGUCCGCAGGGGGUGCCGAGGCGGGCGCGGGCGGCGGGCGCCGCGCCACCAUCUCCAGCGCCCUGGAGCUCGAGGGCACGGUGAGCCGCCACGGCGACCUCACCCACUUUGUCGCCAACAACCUGCAACUCAAGAUCCGUCUGAGCGGCGCCCCCCAACCUCCACCCCCUGCCCCUGCGCAGCCCUGCCCGGCGCCGGCACCCACGCCGGCCAUCCCGCCCAUCGACCCCGACGUGCUGAGGGACUUGGAGAGGCUGAGUCGGGAGCUGGGCGGCCGGGUGGACCGUCUGCUUCGCGGGCUGGGUGGCGCGGUGCAGGAGCUGACAGCGCUGAGCGUGGGCUGCAUCCAAACGUACCGCGACGCCGUGGACUCCCUAGGCGAAGCCGUGGACAUGAGCAUCAAGGGCAUGUACACCCUGCUGGCGCGCUGCGAGGAGCUGGAGCGGGCUCUGCAGCCGGUUCAGGGGCUGGCACGCCAAGUCCGGGACAUCCGACGCACCUUGGAGGUGUUGGAGGCCCUAUGCAAAUGACCAGGAGGGUAGGAGAGGCCGGGCUGGCAGGGGCUGCGCCCAGCAGGACCCUAAGGACUCAAGGAGCCCUGGUGGGAACUGUCCGGAGAGGGGAGGCAUAGUGUUGAGGCUCUUCCAGAUGCCCUUAGCAAGCUGGCGCCCAUGCUCUUGGUCUUUUGCAGCUGUAUAUGGGAAAGUUCUAACAACUCUCCUAUAGGAGGAAAUGAUGCGCUGCUUCUAUUCAGUUGGCUACCUGUAGCUCCCAGUUCUCAUCAACUCACCCUAGCUAGAGCACCAUCCCUGGGAACCCAGGCUUUUAGGUCUCAGGUUGAAGGUGGAGGCAUGACUCCCGUAUGUGAUCGAGAGGGGAGCAGAGGAGGUCCCAGCCCCCACUGUGGCCCCCCAGCCUCCAGUGACCACAUCUCAGGUGCCAGGGACUGUGGGAGCUGGAGUGGUCCUUGACCACACCCCAUGCAAGUGGUGGUGCAGACGGACCACCUCCUGUUUCUGCUCUCUGGCCCCCUACAGUGCUAUUUUCCCAGUCAGAACCAGAGUGGAGCUAGGAGGAUUGCAUUGCAUGGUGGAGAGGGUGGGGUGGGGGUGGGGU